AUGGUUACGCUGCGAGAAUGUGUUGAAAAAUUGCAACUGCUGAAGUCUCCAGAGGAACGACAGCGCAGGCUAGAGGAAAUUCCAGAAAUACAUGCUGAUCCCAAAAUGGAUCCAGAUUGUGAGUCGGAAGAUGAAGAUGAAAAAGAAGAAAAAGAAAAAGAGAGAAAUCUGAGGCCGCGAAGUAGUAGCUUCAACAGAAGAGGAAGAGACCCGAUUUCUCCAAGAAAGGGAGGGUUUAGUUCUAAUGACUCAUGGACUGGCACAAGUAACUACUCAAACGCAAGUGCAAAUCGUGAAUUGACCAGAAGUUAUUCUGCUAGAGGCUCUACUGGCAGAGGGGAUUAUUUUGGUAGUUCUGAAGACAAGGUUAGUGAGAGCAUGUGGUCUUCAGGUAGAGAAAGAGAAAUUCAACCAUCUUUAGCCUCGGAGAAGCCGAGAUCUAUUACUCUUCCUGAGCCUCCUCCCAGAAGUUCUCGUGCUGUUGCGCCACCGGAAUUGUCUCCUAGGAUUGCCCCCGAAAUUUCAACGGCGCCUCCUGCUGCUGUUCCCCAGCCUGCUCCCAAGUCAAAUGACUCAGAGAAAAUAUGGCAUUACAAGGACCCAUCUGGUAAAGUUCAAGGACCGUUUUCGAUGGCCCAGCUCCGUAAAUGGAACAAUACUGGAUACUUCCCUGCUAAGUUGGAAAUCUGGAAAGCUAAUGAGUCACCGUUGGACUCUAUUCUCCUAACUGAUGCAUUGGCUGGACUAUUUCAGAAGCAACCCCAGGUUCAGGUGGCAGCUUAUCCUGCUCCAUCAAGCCAAUCUGAUACGGUUAGGACCGCUCCAUCAAUCAUUGAUAUUCCCAGGAAUUCCCAGGAUAAUUGGAGUUCAGGCGGUAGCCUUCCUUCGCCUACUCCGAAUCAAAUCACAACUCCAACCGCAAAAAGGCGAAAUUUCGAGAGCAGGUGGUCUCCAACUAAGCCAUCUGCACAGUCGAUGAACUUUUCUUCAGCACAGUCUGGCCCGAGUCAAGCUGCUAGAACAGAUAUCCCUGUGGUUGUAAACUCUGCUGUUGCACUACAUCCCGGAGGCCACUCUAUUCCAACACCAGAUUCGACCAACGUUGCUGUUAAUCACUACGGCUCUGCUGCUCCUCUUCCAUCUCCAACACCAGCAAGCGGAAACCAAAGCUGGGGGAGCAUGCAGACAGAUAAAUUUGAUUCCCAUGGUCGUGGAGGAGGCGAUGCUCCCUCUAUAUCUCAGAACAGCUCCGCGUCUUAUGGCAUCGCAGCUCCAAAUGUUCUCCCUUCGCAAAGUCAACAAGGCUUUCCCUCAGCUGAUUCAUGGAGGGUUCCAGCUCCAAGCCAAUCGAAUAUUCAGGCUCAGCCACCGGCUAAUAACUUACAAUGGGGUAUGAACACAGUGAACAACACCCAAGUCUCAGGACAACAACCUCAGUCUCAACCAAACCCGAACAGCAGCUGGGGUACUCAAGGGACUGUAAACCCAAACAUGGGAUGGGCUGGUCCUGCUCAACCUGGAAUGAAUGUUAACUGGGCUGCUCCAUCUUCUGUUCCCCAAACUGGUCAGGGAAUGCCUAAUCCUGGUUGGGGAGGGCCUGUCCAAGGACAACCACAAGCUUAUCCAAACACCGGAUGGGGUGUAACAGGCCAAGCUCAAGUUCAAGUUCAAGCUCAACCCGAAGUUCAAGCUCCAGCGAGUAGUAUGGGCUCGGGAUGGAUGCAACCAGGUCAAGGGAUGCAGUCAGGGAACAGUAAUCAAAACUGGGGAACUCAGAAUCAGAUGGCGAUCCCAAGCGGGGGAUCAGGAGGGAACCAAGCCGGUUACUGGGGAAACCAACAACAGAAUCAGAAUGGAGAUUCUGGGCAUGGUUGGAACAGGCAGUCAAGUGGUGGAAAUGGUGGGCAGAACAACUUCAAAGGGCAAAGAGUUUGCAAGUUCUAUCGAGAAACUGGAAAUUGUAGGAAAGGAGCUUCCUGCAAUUACCUUCACAACUAA